AUGAACCUGAGCUUGACCUUUGCCUCGUUUCUGCUCCUCAGUCUUCACUCUUGUACAGCCAUGGGAGGCAGAGCCCAGCACAGACAGAGACAAGCUGAGGAGAGCCUGAGACCAUAUAUUGGCAGAGUAGAGCCAGAAAAGCUUUGUGAGUUGCUGAAAUGCAGUAGUCCAGUGGGAUCUUGGUGCCAGGUAGUUCAGGAAAGUAGAGUCCUGGUCCCCAAAUGUGUUUGUCUUCAGUCCUGUCCACGGCAGAGGGCACCAGUGUGCAGUGUUUUGGGAAAAACCUAUGGGAAUGAGUGUUUGCUGCAUAAAGAAGCCUGCAGAAAGAGAAGACGCAUUGGACUGGCUCACACAGGACCCUGUCUGGUGCCCAAGGCUAAAUGCACUGAGGAGGAAUUAGGCCAGUUUCCAUAUCGUCUCCUGGACUGGUUUCUGCUCCUGAGUCGCAUGGGGGAGUCCUACGCACCUGCUGCCCCGCCCCAGAGCUGCCUCAGCCACACCCAGAGGACACAACUAGCAAAGCAAAGAUUUACCCUACUGGACAAGAACAAAGAUGGCAAGUUGAGCCACAGGGACCUGAGGAAGCUGCGUUACAAGAGGAGGCCACUGGAGCACUGUGCGAAACCAUUCUUUCAGUCAUGUGACCAUAACAUGAGCAGGAAGGUGACCCUGCGAGAGUGGACGACCUUUCUGGUGGAUCGCUCUGAGGCCUGGUUCUACCAUUUCCUGUCGAUGAGAAUGGGUUCCCGCAAGCUGUGUCCCACAAUCCAAGAGAACAACAUUGGACAUGAGAAAAGGGCCAUAAACCCCUGCUUCUGGAUUGUGCUUUAA